UGACAUCCGUCCCACACACUGGCUCAGCCUCCACAUUUUGCCGGUCUUAACCUGCCUCUUCGGCUUGACCAGCCGUGAUACCAACUCAAUUCGUCAUAACUUGCGGAGCUUGCAGCUCGAUUAACGAAGCAUUGGAUCAAUAUUCACCCUCUAUCAAACGAUAUCCUUUUAUUAUUUCGAGUCGUCGCAAACCCUCCUAAACAUCCCCCUACCUCGACACUCACAAUGGGUUACGUCCUCUACAUCGCCAACAAGCGCUACUCUAGCUGGUCUAUGAGACCCUGGGUUCUCCUCAAAGCCCUCAACGUCCCCUUCGAAGAGCGCCUCCAGACUUUCGUCGCCGGCCUCCGCCAACCCGCGUUCCUCAGCUUCUCCCCCUCAGGCAAAGUCCCCACCCUCCAGGACGGCGACACCACCGUCUGGGACUCCCUGGCCAUCGUCGAGUACAUCGCCGAAGACCACCCGGCCGCAUGGCCGCAAGACAAGGUCGCCCGCGCCUUUGCCCGCAGCGCCGCCGCCGAGAUGCACACCGGCUUCGAGGCCAUCCGCGACCAGUGCUCCAUGAACGUGGCGCUGCGCAUCGACCUCGGCGGGCCGCCUGAUGCGGCGUUGCAGCGUGAUCUUGAUCGGCUUGAGGAGCUCUGGGUCGAGGGUCUGACGCGCUUUGGUGGGCCGUACCUCGCGGGUGCGGAGUUUAGCGCCGCGGACGCCUUCUUUGCGCCUGUUGCGACGAGGAUUCGGACUUUUGGGUUGAAGGUUUCGGAACCUGCGAUGAAGUAUGUGGAGACGCUGUUGGAGCAUCCUGCUGUUAACCAGUGGGUUGUGGAGGGUAUUGCUGAGACGGCGAGGGAGCCGUACCAUGAGAAGGACGUGUUGAGAGGACGGAAGGUUAUUAAGGACUUGACCCAGACUCAAUGACGGGAUGUUGGAGUUGGCAAUAAUGAUUAGGGCUACUGGUUACAUGGCGCAAGGCGAUUAUCCGGUCACAUAAUACUAGGGGUAUCCCUCGAACAAAGACUUGCUUGCGAACAGAGGUUUUACUUGAAGUUGCUCCUGCAUUUGGCUGAUAGUGGCCGGGUUUGAGACGGCUAAAGACUUCAUGAUGCUUGCUGACUUGGCUCUCUGGUGAACUACGC